AUGCCAGAAAUUUUAGUCGACCAAAAUAAAGUAUUGGAAUUCCUUCGAGAGCAGGUGGAGCCGCAAACUUCGUGGCAGAUUUAUCUUCACUUUCAAAUGCAGACCACGGAUCCGAUGAAGCAUGAAACGGUAGAAAAGCAGCAGGUGGAUGUCUUGAAGACCUCCACCCAGUCUGGUAUCAUACAGAAGAAGAAUGAUUAUUACUGCGCCAGCACUUAUGUGGAGGAUGUGAAAAGGAUCCUGAUGGAUGAUAAUAAAUGGUUCACUCCCAGUAAGAUUUCUUUGGGCACAGGCAGUGAAAUCUCUGUUGGAAGUCAGAUGAGCGUAAGCAGUGCAGUUUCCAUCAAGGAAGCAGACAGCAGUGUUAACAGUGUGGUGUCCACUUCAAGCCUUUGCCUGGUGGUACUAAGAGCCGAAUCAGCUUCUACUCCGGCUUCGUCUUCGCCGUCAACCUCACCGUCGACCUCACCUUCGACUUCACCCUCGACUUCACCGUCGUCAACCUCACCAGCAGCAUCAACACCGUCGACGACAGCCACCACCGAAGCAUCAACAACUGCCACAACUGAAGCCACUACAGCCGCUGCCACAACCACUGCGGCCAGCGCCACCACCACCACGGAGGCUAGCUCAAGUGCAAGCUCAAGCUCGAGUAAGAAGAAGCAUAUAAAGCAUUUUAGAAGGGUCGAGAAGAAGAAUAAGAACAAGAAGAAUAAGAACAAGAACCGGAACAAGAAUAAGAAUAAGAACAAGAAGAAGAAGAAGACGGUAACCCGUCAUCGUAAGGGAUAA